AUGGCUAGUGGCGAAGCAGUCUAUCCUCCUGGCAUUGGGAAUUCAGAAUAUCUUGAUAUAGCUUAUUGUGUGGAGAUCUGCUCAAGUAUUGGAUUAUCAUUGAGGCAAGAUGUGCAAGAAAUAGUUGGAGAUGGGCUGCCCGUUCACUUAGUGACUGUGUGCUUAUGCAUAUUCAACAUAGCUUUUGAAAUCCAGUUAUGGGUCCAGCGAUAUUUAGAAGCCUCAAAGCGAGAGAUCUGAAACUCUUUUCCGCUAAAUCGAAUCCUGAUGCUUAGGCUUAUUAAUUGCAUCUCCUUUUUCCAGUAG